AUGGGUUUUAGACUAGUUCAGUUUCUUACAAUCUCUCUCUUGCACCUCUUCCUAUGUUCAGGAUUUUCUUCAUUGGUUAAAGUAUUUCCAGGAAACCUCCUCUCCAAGAAAUCAAUCAGAGAAAACAAAGCAACCAAGAAUCUCGGAGGUUCCUGGUGUAUUGCAAAUCAAGGUGCUUCACCAACUGCUCUACAAGUAGCUCUAGACUAUGCUUGCGGAUAUGGCGGUGCGGACUGCUCAGCUAUUCAACCUGGUGGAAUUUGUUAUGAACCCAACACUGUUCAGGAUCAUGCUUCUUAUGCUUUCAAUGAUUACUACCAAAAACACCCUGCUCCAACGAGCUGUGUUUUUGGAGGCACUGCUCAGCUUACAAAUACAGACCCAAGUAAAGGGAACUGUCACUAUGCAGCAUCCUCGCCAACAAGUGUUGCUCUGCCAGCCAGCAUAACGCCACCGGCCACCCUAUCGCCACCGGAUGCCACAACCUUGACCCCACCCUUUACGAAGAGCCCACCUUUUACCCGACCGGGCGGAGACACGGUGUAUGGUUCAGCAGAACCAACAGGACUCCCAAGCUCUGCCAGCUCUGUGUCAUUCAGCUUCCUGCUGAUCUUUGCCACAAUGUCAAUUGUUGCCGCAAACAAAAUCUAGACAUAAAGGAAGCAACUUUCAGUUACUUUUUCCAUGAACCGAUUGCAAUUUCUUUGGCUCGCCAACAGAGUUUCCGAAAAUUUCAGCAGGCUUGGGAAUCAACAAUGGGAGCCAUUUUCUCACCAUUAAGAUCUAAAUACUUAUAUACUUCUUGAUCUAUGUAUACAUAAAAGCUGGUUAAAAAAACCCAGGGAAGAGCAUAGAAUCUUUAGGUUCUCGUACUCAUAGAUAAGUUAAGAAUAUGAUAGCUGCUUUUGCAGAAUGAUUGUUAGCAUCACAAUAAAGCUGUUGGGGUCUGGCUCUAGGG